GCAUAUCAACAUCUCUAGCAGCGCUCGCAGGACUCAUGAAAAUGCGCAGUCUUCUCGGGCGUCCUUCCGUUUUCCAUCAUUCUGAUUGAGUCCUGAUAUGGCAAAUUUUCGUCCUCUGCAACCUGCACCCAUGGAAGAACAACCGCCUAAUAUACAGGCCAGGCCUCUACCGGCAAUGAAACCAAAACGCACGGUCACUCUUGGAGCUUGUGUCGCUUGUCGCAAAAGAAAGUCCAAAUGCGAUGGCAACCGUCCAGUAUGCAGUUGUUGUGCUCAAAAGGACACUCAUUGUGUCUACGAGCUGGGACCCAACGAAAAGCCAUCUCAAGCCAUGAAAAGGAAGAACGAAGAGAUGCAAGGGGAGCUAUCCAACUUGCGCCAGCUCUACGAUCUGUUGCGGCUUCGUCCUGAGCAUGAGGCUCUUGCUAUCCUUCAAAAGAUCAGAGAAGGGUCCCCAGAAGCCUCGUCAGCUCAACAGAUUCAACUGAUCAAUCUCCUCCACCAAGGACAGCUCACCAGCGCACCGUCCUUGGCACAGCAUUGCGAACCUGCGCAUCCUUUGACGCUGCCACCUAUACGCCUUGCUCUCGAUUCGCCAAGCUCCGAUCCCAAUACCUUGCCUUUCACAAGCAUAUUCCCUUUAGGCUACGACGAGCCCACCAGCCAGCGAAGACGACACGCUUCGGACACUGAUGUGUCCGCUCGCUCAGAUGCUUCUAGUUCAGUGCCGCCGCCCACUUCCAUAGAGUCGCUUCUGCAUCCCGGAACCGAAGGCUCGUCUGAUUCACGACUUGCGAACCUCCCGAGCUGGACUCCGAUUAUCAAAGAUGCCCGUUUUCUGGCUCUUCUCAUGACCCUCUGGCAUAAGUGGGAGUAUAGUUACUACCACUACCUCGAUUGGGACAUCUUUCUAGACGAUAUAUCUAGCGGGCGUACUGACUUUUGCUCUGAGCUUCUUGUUAAUGCAGUCUUAGCUUCUGCGAGUUUUCACUCUUCACUAGUCAAGAACCGAUCCAAACCCUUUGGCGAUAGUCUAAUCACGCGCUUUUAUCGAGAAGCUCGGCGGUUGUGGGAAGCCGGGGAGGGCGAGGACAGCCUUACCCGAGUUCAAGCAGCCCUGGCGCUGUUCAUGGUCUUCGGGAAGCAUGGGCGAGACAGAGUCGGCUACAUGUUCCUACAGGAGGCAUGCCGGCUUACUCGGACUCUAGGCCUUUUUCGCCUACCAUCGUCCGCUACCCAGAGACCGCUGCACAUUACCGAAGAGAAAUGGGAAAGGGCCCGGUCAGUUACAGCUUGGGCGCUGUUCAACUUUCAACUGACGAUGUCAUUCACUUAUUCUCUACCGCCCUUGAUCAACUCGCCUCCGCCUGUUGCAAUACCAUAUGAAGGGUCGGAUAAUGAAGCCCUAUUCCAAGAUGAGUGCGCUCGCAGCGUCGUUCUCCUCGAAUGUUUGAAUACACUCAUCGACCCAGACGAUCCAACGUCAGAUCUACCACCAAAGCCAGAGCAAAUCGAGAUCCUCUACUUGCGGUUGAAACUGUGGUUUGAUCAUCGUAGAUCAAGUCUUUGUCCGACGAAGCAUCCCUCGCCAGAAAAUCUCCUGACUGCAAUGCAAUACUACGUAUCGGUCAUUCGCCUGUUUCAGCCUUUCACCCACUAUGAAAGCUCAAACGAGCGCAUAAGCUCAUACCGCGACCAAGCUCUCCGAAGAACAUCAGCGGCUACUAAAGAGCUCCGUCACCUCAUCUCUAUCAAUGACAGCCAGCAUGGCUGGGCCGCCACCAUUACUAUCAUUCUGCAUCCACUCACAAUAUCCGUCUUCGGCUCGCUCGACGAAAUAGCCAGCCAGAAGAACCCCGUGUUCACCCCAGAGGCGAACGAAGCCUAUAAAGGCCUUUUAACCUGCUUACACGGCCUGAGCGUCAUCACAACGUACAACUUCUACUCGCAGUCCUUGUUCCGGCUGGCCACACAGUCGUGCAAAGCACUAGAUAUCCCGCUGCCGCCAGAGAUCACGACGGCCCUAGAUCGCUUCCAGAGUGACGAGUGGACGAAGACGGCGGCCAGCAUGGUAAGCAGCCAGUAUAUUGCAGACAUGCGCAGGACGACGUCAGGCAUGCAGAACGCCCGCAUGGAUAGCAUCAUUUCCAAGUGGGACGAAAUGACCAUUAAAGACGAGUCAGCUUUGAAGAAGGACGAGGUCUGAGAUAUAGAACUGCGACGCGUUGUCGCAUUAUCGGAUUGAAUCAGGUUUUCGGUUGUCUCAAGCGCGUUACGCAACAUUCAC